GACGGUGCCUCCUCUUCCCAGGGAGGGGAAAUACGGCCAUGCCGCCUGCUUUGGGCUGCAGCCGGGCUGCUUGCUUGCCAACGGCAGCCGCCAGAUCGCCGUUGCUGCCAUGGUGGCCAACUUCACCAAGCCGACACAGGACACACCGUCCCUGCUGCAGCACGAUGAGGUGGAGACCUACUUCCAUGAGUUUGGCCACGUUAUGCACCAGCUCUGCUCACAGGCUGAUUUUGCCAUGUUCAGUGGGACCCACGUGGAACGGGACUUUGUGGAGGCCCCCUCGCAGAUGCUGGAAAACUGGGUGUGGGAGAAAGAACCGCUGCUGCGCAUGUCCAAGCACUACAAGACCGGCAGCCCCAUCCCGGAUGAGCUGCUGGGAAAGCUUAUCCGAUCGCGCCAGGCCAACACAGGACUGUUCAACUUGCGGCAGAUUGUCCUGGCCAAGGUCGACCAGGCCUUGCACACACGGAUGGAAGUCGAUGCUGCGGAAGAGUACGCCAGGCUUUGCGAUGAGAUCUUGGGUGUCCCAGCGACUCCAGGUACAAACAUGCCAGCCACAUUUGGCCACUUAGCAGGAGGUUACGAUGCCCAGUACUACGGCUACCUCUGGAGUGAGGUCUACUCCAUGGACAUGUUCUACACCCGGUUCAAGCAGGAGGGCAUCAUGAACCCCAAGGUGGGGAUGGACUAUCGCACCUGCAUCCUCUGCCCGGGGGGCUCUCAGGAUGCCUCCGACAUGCUGCUCAGAUUCCUUGGCCGAGCCCCGAAGCAGGAUGCCUUCCUGGCCAGCAAAGGGCUGGUGGUGGAGCCCAGUGGGUGAGCCGUGGGCCGCCCCCUCCCUGGCCAUGCAAGUCCCUCCUCUCUGACCUUGGUCGUAGCCACGCCGCUCACCCACGAUCAUUCUUGGCAGUUGCCAUUCUGCAGAACUGACGCCACGUCCGUCUUGCUGUGGCCAGCUGUGUGAGAGAGGAAGCCUGCAGCGGGGGGGCGGGAGCACAAGCUGGGUGGCCUAAGGGCUGGCAGCCUUCUGUCAGUCUUCCCUUGCCCAGCACCCCCCAGAUGCGCUGCACUGCAGCUCCCUGCCAGCUGGGUGUAGCAGUCUGAGUAUCUGGAGAGUGCCGGGUCGGGGAAGACAACUCUGUGGGGGGAGGGGACACAUUUUUGGAGCAACAGAGGGAAAAUGGGGGGAAAGAAGCAAUGAAUUGCGAUUCAAUUGCUCUUUCCAAAAAUGUUGCCCAAUUCCAUACUUCUUCACAAAAAUGGGGAGCCAAUAUGGAAACAUAAGGUCAUUUUCUACCUCCAAACGGUUCUGGGGAAGGAAAGGCAGGGCAGGCUGGGCCAAGGGGCUGGAACCGGUCUCUUUUCUUGGCAAGCACGUGCCUAGAUGGUGGCACGCAGGCAGCCAUUGCUCCAGGGUGGCCCUGCUCUUUGCAGACUGACCCGCCCUCGAUCCACCUGCUCCUGGGAGCCAGUUGCAAAGGCAGCCUUCCCUGCUCAGCUUCUCAGGGGUCCUUCCAGCUCGGCUUGCUUGGUGUAGGCUCUGCACACCUUUGCUUGCAAGUGAGGCUUCCUGUGUUCCUGGGCUUGCUUGCAGGCGAAUGUGCCUGGGAUCCGGCCUGGGUCAGGGGAUGAGGGCCGCCCCAGGAACCAGGGGCGCAUGGCACGCAGCCAACCUGCACCCAUAUGGUGGGGGCAGGUGCUCUGCAUGCGGAUGCUGCUGCGGAGGCUGCAUGUGGGGCCCUGGAUGUUCUCUGGGGCACGUGCAGCUGUGUGGGUUAGGACUCCCAGGCUCAUUUGAUGUCCAGUGUCUAUGGGUUCUAUGUCUGCCCCUUUGGCCCCGUUCACUGGUCCCUGUUCUGUGUGUGUUGGUUUCUGUGUCAAAUAUUCUGGCUUUGGACUGGCCCAAAGUUUUUUUCUUUUCACUUACUGCUUCCACCCAGAUGUUCUUGGUCACACAAAGAACAAAGGGAAAUAAGUCUUGGAAGAAGGGAGGGUUCCACACGCAGGCCAGGGCGGGAAGGGAGUCGUGCCUCCUGGGGCAGCGAAGCGGCACUCCUCUGCCCCAGCACCUGUACCGGGAGGCCUGGGGGUGCCUGAGACCACCUUGGAUGGUGUUGCAGGUCAGCAGAAAACUAAAAAUUGCCAUCCCUUCUGGGGGUACUGUGAAAGUCUAUAGGAAAAACACACCUGGCCUUUCUGCCUUUAAUGCUUUUUGGUCUCAAAUGGAUUGCAGAUGGAACAUUUUCCUGCAUGGGGCACCCUCUCCCUUACUGCUCUUAGAGUUUGGGGUUUAGAUAUUUUGACCAAGGCUCACCCAAUAAAGUUUCUAAAAAUGUUAA